AUGACGGUCGAACUUGACCACUGGAGUUUACUGGUCGUUGAAUGUGCUGCGUCCUCUGAGCAGAAGGUGCUCGGUGAAUUGCGCAAGAGAGGAACAGAGGGCGAGACGAUUUUGAAACAACAAACAGAGGAAGAUAUGCCUAGAGAAAUCUCCACAGUUCCUCAUGACAUUCAGGUGAUGACGGAAUUCAUCGAUCAACAGUCACGCUUACCAGAAAUUCCAUUGCUGUCAGUUGCACUGUGGAGGAGGUAUCGAGUUCGCAAGGAAGGAGUUCGAUGGAAUGACGAAGCUGGUCUCAAAGACUACCUGUUCAAGCGACACAGUAAAUCAGCGAGCUUUACCUGGCGGUGGGAGCAAGUUCAAGUUCGAGAGCGCAAGAUUCUAAGACAAAAUGCCACUGCCGGAGGAGGCUCGGAUGCUGUGUCCUCGCCAGAGAGAGGUUGUGGAAGAGUUGUUGCUGCAGGGACAUGUUUACAGAGUUAUGCUACCGCAGCGAAAGAGAUGACUGUGAGAGAGGGUCUGAAUACAGCGCUGGAUGAGGAAAUGCCUGCAGAUCCAGAAGUCAGUCUUUGUAAUUUGUGGUGAGGAGGU